AUGGCAUCGCGACGCCUCCUCGACCUCUACGCGAUCGCCAAUGCCUCGACCGCGAUAGCGCGGAAGCACCUGCUGAUCCGCUCGCACCAGAUCACGCACUACGCGGCCACCAGCAGCAUCGGGCUCGGCCGGACCUCGCAACGGCCGCAGCCAGUUCCCGUACGCCAUGAAGCCACCCCCUCGGCGCCGCCGCAAGGCACGCAACCAGAAGGCGUAGCCCAAGACCACCACUACGCACCCAGCACGAGCCCGCCGCCGCCGCCCACCCCUCGCUCCGACCUGAGCAUCAGCCAGUCCCCGCCGUCGCUCCGGCGGCACGCCCCGCCCUCCCCCGAAACGGCGAAGCGCCUGCAGGCAGCCUACGAAACCCGCAUCCCGUCGCAAACCGCGGACCCACCGAUGAUGCCCGAGACGCACGCGGACGUGCUGGGGCAGGAGGAUAUCCGCGCUGAGGACUUGACCCGCGGGCUCAAUGAGGACUCGUUCUAUCUCCGCCAUGGCACGACGAGUCAGGUGCUGUCGAAUCUGCCCAGAGCGAAGAUUCCGAGAACGGCGGAGUCCGAGCAGCCGCGGGGCGUGACCGAGGGGAUUAAUUCCAGCGAGUUUGUGAGGGAGUUGCCGCAGCAGGAGAAGGCGGAGAAGGAGCUGGAGGAGCUCGGGAAUCAGGCGUUUAUGUCCAGGAGGGCUAGGGGGCUGUUUGGUGUCAAGCCUGGCCUGAAAAUGCCGCAGAAGGGAGCGCAGCAGAGUGCAGAGAAUAUAGUGAAGCCUGUCACGAAACCUGAGUCAUCGCGGAAGGAAGAGGAGGAUAUAGUCAAAGCUGUUGCGGAAGAAAUAGAACGCGAGCAGGUGGUAGUUGACCAGAAAGCGAUCGAGGGGAUCGCUGCAGAGGUGCGUAAGGAGAUGAACUUUGAGAAAUUCUCCCUUCCCCAACAGCCGGCGGUAGAAACGCCAUACCAGAUGACGGCCUCAAGAGUUCCAUCGUCACGGGUGGGACGCCUGUUCCAUUAUGGUGGACUCGCUGCAGGAAUGGCCUGGGGUGCAGCUAGUGAAUCGGUCAGACGUGCAGCCGGUGGCGCUGGCGAUACAGCUACCAGCGUGAUGUUUAGUGAGUCCAAUGUGGAGCGGAUGGUGAAGAAACUCAGCCGGAUGCGAGGAGCGGCCCUGAAGCUGGGGCAGAUGAUGAGUUUUCAAGAUAAACUUCUCCCGGCCCCGAUACAGGAGAUUCUCACCCGAGUGCAGGACAGUGCGGACUACAUGCCUGCCUCGCAGCGCGACAAAGUCCUCAUCGCCAACCUAGGACCGAACUGGCGCGAUCUAUUCUCCGAAUUCUCCGAGGUUCCAAUGGCGGCCGCGUCGAUCGGCCAAGUUCACGCCGGAAAACUGGCUUCGAACGGUAUUCCAGUCGCCAUCAAGAUCCAGUAUCCCGGCGUCGCCGACUCCAUCUCUUCCGAUCUCAACAACCUCGCUGUACUCCUGACGGCCUCCAAGAUGCUCCCUAAGGGACUGUAUCUCGACAAGACCAUCGCCAAUGCCCGCCUCGAGCUCGGCUGGGAGUGCGACUACGUCCGCGAGGCGGAGUGCGCCAAACGUUUCGCUGUGAUCCUCCAGGCGGAGAAGGAUGUGUUCCGCGUGCCGCGCAUAUUCGACGAGGCGUCGGGUCCGCAAGUGCUCACCAUGGAGAUGAUGCAGGGCGUGGCGGUGACAAAAACGAUAAAGAACCUAAGCCAAGAGGAACGAGACUUCAUCGGGACACAGAUCCUGGGACUGUGCUUCCGCGAGGUCGCCAGAUAUCGGUUCAUGCAGACGGAUCCGAACUGGACCAAUUUCCUCUGGAACGCUGCCGACAAGAAGAUCGAACUCCUCGACUUCGGCGCCUCGCGCGAGUUUUCCGCCGACUUCACGGCGCUAUACACCUCCAUCCUGCGCGCCGCCUCACGGAAGGACCUUUCCGCGCUGCGCACGCUCUCCGUCCAGCUCGGGUACCUUACGGGCCUCGAGUCCUCGGCCAUGACGCAGGCGCACGUAACCAGCAUCCUCACCCUCGCAGAGCCGUUCUCGAAGGACGCGCCGGAAAUUUACGAUUUCAGCCAGCAGACCGUCACGGAUCGCGUCAAGGAGCAGAUUCCGCUCAUGAUCAGGGAGAGACUUGCUCCUCCCCCAGAGGAGACGUAUAGUCUCCAUCGGAAAUUGAGUGGGGCUUUCUUGCUGUGUGCGAGACUGGGGAGUAGGGUUAGGUGUAGGGAGAUUUUUGAGGAGGCGGUGGGGGAGUAG